UUUGAAUGAAUUGAUUUUUACGUCACCAUUCAAGUGUUUGCCAGGGCGCAACAUUUAAACAGGCACCUUAAAGAAUUUGCCGAAAAAGUGAUACAUCAUAAUGCAUGUGACGACUUCAUCGUAGAUAUAAAAUAUUUUGUAACGCUUUGGAUAUUGUGAUUUUUUAUUGAUCUUAUAAUACAUGAUAAACAGUGAACGUGUGUGGAGGUUUAAUAAGUGUUAAAUAAUCGAUGAAAACGAAUGUAUUAGUGAAAACCCAACGUAACUACCUCUAAAUAAAAAAAAAAUAGCAAAAUUACAAUGUCGAUAAACUUGGACAAGCCGAGGUAUGACCAGAAGACGUAUUGGGGUCGCGCCAAGCAUUUCGUUCUACUCACCAAUCCAAUCAAUGCAUUCGCUUCUGACAAACAGCUCAAUGAAGCUAAGAAGAUCGUCGACGAGUUCAGAAAAUCGCGAGUUAUGCCCUCCGGUUACGAUGAAGACAAACUAUGGGCCACCAAAUAUCUAUACGACAGCGCGUUCCACCCCGACACUGGGGAGAAGAUGAUCAGGAUCGGUCGUAUGUCUGCGCAGGCGCCGAUGAACACACUCAUUACUGGCUGCAUGAUAACAUUCUACAAGACGACUCCGUCCAUCAUUUUCUGGCAGUGGACCAAUCAGACGUUUAACGCUCUGGUUAAUUACACCAACCGUUCAGGGGAUGCACCGCUUAGUUCUAAACAAUUAUUAGCGUCCUAUUGUGCAGCGUGUGGAGGAGCCCUUACUACUGCUCUGUACCUCAAUAGCAAAGUAAAGGGCAUGAACCCACUGUACGCGCGACUGGUACCGUUCGCGGCUGUCUGCGGCGCUAACUUCAUCAAUAUACCCAUGAUGAGGAGCAAUGAGAUCCUGAACGGCACCCCGGUGUACACACCGGACGGGCAGCGCGUGGGCGACUCCCGGGUGGCGGCCUGCACCGGCAUACUGCUCGUCUGCAUCUCACGAGUCGGCAUGGCACUGCCUGGCAUGACUCUAGUGCCAAUGAUUACAAACGCAGCCAUCCAGAGACGUUUGUUCGCGCCCACAUCGCUAGCCAUCGUUCCUCUCCAACUGUCUCUCGUCUGUCUGUGCGUCACGUUUGCCACCCCACUGUGCUGCGCCUUCUUCGAGCAGCAAGCUAAUAUUAGCAUCAACACUGUUGAAAGUCAUAUAAAGGAAACCGCCCUUAAGAUAUCUCCUACAACAACUUCAUUGUACUACAACAAGGGUUUGUAAGCAGCUAACGAGAAAUGUUAAUUUGUAACAAUAAUUAUAUGUUAAAUAGUUUGUAGCUGUGAGCCGUAUCAAACACUGCCUAACGUACAAAACUGUAACAGCAUUUAACUUAAAUAAACAUAUAUUGGGUGUCCCUUGAAGUACCUAUUUACCAUUUACAUUCCGAAGUCGGUAAAUGAUCACUAUUUAUAAAUAAACGCGAUACUAUAAUAUAAAGUUCUUAUAUCAUGUAAAGGUAAUCACGAAAGUAUAAAAACCUUUAUGCUAAAUGAACCUGUCCAUUUGACCCAUACUUUGAAGGACCCCCUUCAUAAGUACAGUCAGUGACAUAAAGAUGGUAACACUCAGGGUACUCAAAUGUAGAAAGCCAAUGAUGUCGGUAGCGGUACAAACCACGGAGUAAGGAAAGAUGAGCGAAGGUGCCAUUAAGUAGGUAGGUCAGGCGCCUUCCCGUGUACGGUGGGUAUGACCAAAACGAGUUAGGUACUAGUGAACCAACGAGGCGUUCGGGUUCUUUGAGACACCUGACAACGAUUUGAAUAUUAGAAUAUGGUCGCGUCCAAAGAAGGCGUAUAAGAGCGCGGACAGUAACGUUCCUCGUCCCCCGCAAACCCGCAUUUUGGAGCGCUUCUUCGCUGAUUUUCCGUUCUAGCACCUCUGCUAGUUAUUUUGUUCUCCGUGGCAGACACAAAUGUCAACGAUUUAACCCCUCAGUAUUAUCAUCUUUAAUGACCCUGGCUGUACAAAUAGAGACCUUUCCAAAAGGAACAUAUAAAGUUCUUCAUCCCUGCCAUUAUUAUAGAUUUUAGAAUGAGCUUAAUAUAAUACUCCAUUGGUGAUCAAUCCUAGAGAUUUAUGAAAAGCAUUUGAAGGCACAGAAAAACUCGAAAUUGUAAGUAUGUAAAGUCAAUUAUUUAUAUCAGAAAUAAAUUAACUUGGGAAUAAAAAAUAAGGUCAGGAAACAAUGUUUGGAAUGGAGUCUUAACGCCUUUAGUAAAAAGGGGGUGUGUGACUAUAUAUUUUUUUUCUCCUGAUAAUCUGUCUAUACAUUUUUGUUUAUUUCGUAACUUGGUAACAUCAGUUUUAUCAUGUUCAAGUUUUUUUUUUAUGAAUGUUGUAUUGUAUAGUUAUAAAUUAGUUCAACUUGUGGCCUGUUUUCCAUAAGAUCCAUUUUUUGGAAUUGAACCGUGCACCUCUAUUGAUUUCUAUUGACGUUUCGUAAGAACCUGUAAUAGGACUAAUGAAAACCUUUGACUUGACUUUUACUUUGAAACUUAAACAGCUUGUAAUUACUAUUUUGAGUUAAUUUGAAUUUUUGACUAUACCUACUUAUCUUUGGUGAUCUAAAAGAUCGAAAAGAUAUAAUGUAGCUUAUGUAAUAGGGACAAUAACAAUAAUUUUGAUGGAGGUAUAGACAACAGAAGUAGGUAAGUAAACCUUUUCUUGUCUAUGGUUGAUGUGAUUAAAAUAAUUCCGAAUGACGCUAACUUGUUAUAUCUAGUUUUUAAGACAUUGUUUGUUUUUUGUAUAAAGACGUUUAUUACUUGUUGAAGAGGCUUAUGAUGUAUUUCAUGACUGCCAAAUGAUUAUGCUUGAGCUUUUACAUUGCCCGGCAGUUAAAUGGCACAGCAAAUUUAUAAAAUAUAUAUUAUGCCUAAAUGAAACUUUCCCACACUGUUCAUAUUUUUUUUAAGUUUUUUUAAUGUAUUUUUUUCCAUUUUUAAGUACUACACUUUACAACAAUAUAUCAUGUGAACUAUAAUUUCCAAAGUGGUUUUACUUUUGAUAGAAUUUUAUUUACUUUUUUAUGGUUGUUGAAGAAUUGACAAGGGCUAUAGGUUGAUAGAUUGUAAGAUGCUGGUCACGAGAAGGAAUUUUAAUAUACCGCGGUAUUUUUAUUAUGAAAUGUGAAAAGGGACUUUUCUAUUUUCCCAGAACACUAAGAAGUGUGUGAUGUUAAGUUACCGAAAAGCUAUAUCUUUUCCUUCUUUCCGUUCAACCCAAACCAACCACAAUAUUGUAUGAUAUCAAAUCAUAUAAUUAUAUUAACAUUUCUUUUUGUGACCAGCCUUAUAAAGCUCAAUAUUUAAAUCAAGUUAUUUAGUCGCCUCUCCGAUCUGAAUUCUAUGGAGGGAGGAAUUAUCAUUAAAUAAUUAUUAAUUAUUUUAGCAAUAUCGUGCAAUAACACUCCAAAUAUAUUUUUAUUUAAUUUUAUUCCAUAACAUUGUGAUGUUAAUAGUAAGAAGUAUAUGCUGACAAUAAUAUAUUAUGUAAUAACAUAGUUAAGGCUAUCAUAGUCAUUUAUUUGUAGCACUUAUAUCGUUAUUAUGUAUAGGUAAUCAGUAUGGCUGCAUUUUAAUCAUGUUAUAUUAUUUUUUAUAUUUAUUUUUUCCGAUACUGAUUAAGAAUUGUGUUAAUACAUAUUCUAUUGUGAUUAAUGUAAGGAUUCUUUAAGAUUUAAUUAUUACAAUUAGCCCUUUCCAUUAUUUUACAAACAAUAAACGAUUGCGUUAUA